CAGGAGGAUCAGUGCAGCACCGCGGGGCGGUCUCUUCCACCCUAACCACCGCCUCUUUCUCCAACGGCGCUCGGACAGAUUUAUGCCUCAGCUUUUCUGUGUUUAUGACCACCAGUCCGCCCUGCAGGACCCCUCCGGAACGGCGUGAGCGCGGAUAAAAGCGUAAAGACGACAUGGGAAGGCCCGUGUGCCCGAGACGACCGACGGUUUGGUCCAAAUAGCCCCGUCUUUUUGUCAUUAGAGAGGGAAAGUUAAAACAAGGCUUGUUUUUGGACUUCCACCUCCCCUCCUCUCUCUCCCCGUAGGAUUUGAUUCAAAGGCGAAAAGCAAGAUGGCCGCCGAUUCCGUGCAGGGGGAUACUCGGGGCCAGUUGGUGGCAGAGCGGCUGGGUCUGGGACAUAACCUGGACCUGUCCGACACCAUGGUCCAACAAAAGCUGGAUGAGAUUAAGGAGCAGAUCCGCCGCGAGAUCCGCAAGGAGCUGAAGAUCAAAGAAGGUGCAGAGAACCUGCGCAAGGUCACAACAGACAAGAAGAGCCUGGCUUAUGUUGAUAACAUGCUGAAAAAAUCUAAUAAGAAGGUUGAAGAGCUUCACCAAGAGCUACAGGAGCUUAAUGCCCACAUUGUGGUCAAAGAUCCUGAGGAACUGCUAGAGUGCCCUCUGACCCCAGAUACCCCUAACAGCGAGGCCAGAAUGUGCACGAGCAGUAGCCGCCUCGCAGCCUUGAAACGCCAAAAUGACAUCGAGCUCAAGGUCAAACAGGGUGCAGAGAACAUGAUUCAGAUGUACUCGAAUGGAUCUUCCAAGGAUCGUAAGUUGCUAGCAACAGCUCAGCAGAUGCUUCAGGACAGCAAGAUGAAGAUCGAGUUCAUCAGGAUGCAGAUCCUCAAAGCCAGCCAGACCAGUGAGCUGAGCUUUGAGAACAGUGAUGUGAUGGACAAACCCAUCAUUAGCCCAUUAGACCUGCGGGUGGAGGAGCUAUGUCACCAUGCUAGGAUAGAGUCAGCUGUAGCAGAGGGAGCCAAGAAUGUCAUGAAACUCCUGGGCUCAGGGAAAGUCACGGAAAAAAGGGCACAUUCAGAGGCCCAGGCUCGUUUUACCGAGUCCAAUCAAAAACUGGACCUCCUGCGAUAUUCCUUGGAGCAGCGCCUUAAUGAGUUGCCUAAGAAUCAUCCUCACAGUAGCAGCAUCAUCGAAGAAUUGUCCCUGCUGUCUUCUCCAGUCCUCAGUCCCAGAUCCAGCAUUAUCUCCACACAGAACCAGUACAGCACCGUCACAAAACCUGCUGCACUCACAGGCACGUUAGACGUCAGGCUCAUGGGCUGUCAGGACCUUCUGGAAAAUGUCCCAGGUCGUUCCAAAGCUGCAUCUGUACCACUGCCCGGCUGGAGCCCCAGUGAGACACGCUCCUCCUUCAUCAGCAGGGCAAAUAGAAACCGUGGCGUGAGCUCAAGGAACCUGACGAAGAGCGAGGAGCUCUCCGCUGAGAUCAGUGCAGUGUUGAAGCUGGACAACACGGUAGUUGGUCAGACAAGCUGGAGGCUGGUCAGCAACCAGGCCUGGGACCAGAAGUUUACAUUAGAGCUAGACCGGUCUCGUGAGUUGGAGAUCUCAGUGUACUGGCGUGACUGGCGUUCGCUCUGUGCUGUCAAGUUCCUGCGGCUGGAAGACUUCCUGGACAACCAGCGUCACGGCAUGUGUCUGUACCUAGAGCCACAGGGAAUGCUUUUUGCUGAGGUUACAUUUUUCAAUCCCGUCAUUGAAAGACGACCAAAGUUACAAAGACAAAAGAAGAUUUUCUCAAAGCAGCAAGGUAAAACCUUUUUGCGAGCUCCUCAGAUGAACAUCAACAUUGCCACCUGGGGUCGCCUGGUGAGAAGAGCCAUACCAACUGUCAGCACCAAUUCUUUUAGCCCGCAGGCUGCUGAGACUGGACCCAGCAGUCUGCCUGGUUCACCCACACCGACCAGCUUAGUCAGUGCUGUGUCUCUGUCCAUAUUCAGUGACCCUCUGGUGACCAAACUGGACUUUGACAAAGAACCCACCCCAGGACCUAAACACUACCCAGUACCUGAUGACCUCCGAGAACCACUGGUGCAGGACAAGAUGCCAGACAGGGAGGAAGUGCAGGACGCCCUGGCCUCGUUUGACUUCUUGAACAAGAGAAACAGUAUAGCUGUGAGACCGGACUUGGGUGAAGAUGAGCAGGAGAUCCAGCACUCGGACCUGGAGCUCACGGCCAUCCAGAAGGACGGAGAUAUUAGGGAGGAAGAGCAGUUCCACUUCAGUCUCCAAGACUUUAAAUGUGUGGCAGUGCUCGGACGUGGUCACUUUGGAAAGGUGUUGCUGUCAGAAUAUAAAAGCACAGGUGAGAUGUUUGCCAUCAAAGCUCUGAAGAAAGGAGACAUUGUGGCCCGUGAUGAGGUGGACAGCCUGAUGUGUGAGAAAAGGAUUUUCGAAACAGUCAACAGCGUCCGCCACCCAUUCCUGGUCAACCUGUUUGCGUGUUUCCAGACACAGGAACACGUUUGUUUUGUCAUGGAGUACGCGGCGGGAGGCGAUCUGAUGAUGCACAUCCACGCUGAUGUUUUCUCUGAGCCAAGGGCCGUAUUUUAUGCAGCCUGUGUUGUAUUGGGAUUACAGUUUUUACACGAUCAUAAGAUUGUGUACAGAGAUUUGAAGCUGGAUAACCUGCUCCUGGACACAGAGGGCUAUGUAAAGAUUGCUGACUUUGGACUUUGCAAAGAAGGAAUGGGUUUCAAGGAUCGCACCAGCACAUUCUGUGGAACCCCCGAGUUUUUAGCCCCUGAAGUUUUGACUGAAACGUCGUACACUCGCGCUGUGGACUGGUGGGGACUGGGCGUCCUCAUCUUUGAGAUGUUGGUUGGAGAGUCGCCCUUCCCCGGUGACGAUGAGGAGGAGGUUUUUGACAGCAUUGUGAACGAUGAAGUACGCUACCCGCGAUUUCUGUCCACAGAGGCCAUCUCCAUCAUGAGGAGGCUUUUGAGAAGGAGUCCAGAAAGACGCCUUGGAGCAGGAGAAAGGGACGCAGAGGAGGUUAAGAAACAUCUGUUCUUCAGGCACAUCGACUGGAACGGACUGCUGGCGAAGAAGGUGAAGCCGCCAUUUGUGCCGACCAUCCAGGGCACCAACGACGUCAGCAACUUUGACGAUGAAUUUACCUCAGAGGCUCCGAUCUUAACUCCGCCCAGAGAACCGCGAGUGCUGAGCUCUGACGAGCAGAACAUGUUCUCUGACUUUGAUUACAUUGCUGACUGGUGUUAGCUUCAUGUGACAAUCUCCAUCUACACACACACGCACGUUCACACACUCACACACUGUGAAACAACAAACCAACAUCAGAGCAGAGACUGUAGCUCAUGUUUUUAAAACUCCUCUGCCCAAAGGCAGGAGCAGCAGUGGACAUGGCUCCUCCAGCCUUUUGGGCAAAUACUUUGUGCCAUCAAGAAGAAAGUUGAGACGCCUCCUGAGGACCCUGACUCAUUUUUAAUACACAUGAAGAACUUUUUUUUUUUUUUUUUAAAUAAAAGAAAGGAACAAAAGAAACUAGUGUUGGAGAGUGAAGGAGGAGGGAUGCUUUCCUCCUGCACACGUCGCUGCCGCCGCGUCCGUUGUCUGACCACUGAGAAUGUCUUUCAUAUGAACUCUGCGAAGACGGCAACACAUCACAAUCAUGUUAUUCAAUGUCACUGUCUUCGUUUAUUUUUUUUUGGGUGUGUACAGAUUAUAUUCAGUCAUAUAUUUUAUUGUCAUGUCAUUUUGUUUCUUUAUUUUGCUCAGCCCUCUCCAUAGCUUUUAUAGACGUGUUUUUUUUUUCCUCUCGCUGUAAAGUUUUGACAUUUCUGCCUCCAUCGUGUAUGCGUCUGGCGUUCAGUGACUUUAAAUUGCUCGGAGCAUUUCCGCUGAACUGCAACAAACAUCCUCGACUACUGCUGCUUCUUGACUUGAAGACCAAGUGAGAGAACUCACGCUACAUUUGCUCGUGUGAUGGAGCUCAGUCCGUGUCCACAACUCACUUUAAGCCCCGUUUCCAGUUAAAAUAAUCCACACAGUUAACAAAACUGUUAGAACAUUCACGUUAAGUCGCAGUCAGCUCUGUACUGCACACGUAACAUAUCCUGUUAAACCAUUGACCAUGACUUCAUAUUGAUAAUAAUUGUUACAAAUAGCAGAACAAGUCAUGUAAAAGUAAGACCCUGGCACCCUCUAGUGGCGCUGCAGCUUCAGGUUCAUAUUCAGCUGAACUCGGUUCUGAAGUGCUGAAUCUUUUUGAGGAAUAAAAAUCAAAACUUGAUAUUAAUUUGUGUCAGAGCUGAGUUCAGUUGAGCCUCAUGGACUGUUACAAAAAAAAAGUUCUGUGUUUGUGGACGUUCAGUCGUCGGUGACCGUGCUCGAUGUGCUGCAUCUUUACCUCAGUGAUAACAGAAAAAAACAAAACACUAAAUUGAGUUGCAUUGUUUCUGCUACACAAUCAAAUUCAUCUUUUCCGUGUUGAAAUCAAUGUGAUGUAAUUGUUAGAACGUGAAUCCAGUUUAUGUCUUUGGGGAGGGCACUUAAAAAGUUAACACCAAGUUUCUGUCGUGAUGCCCAAUGAAAUGAUUCCCACGUUCUUUACACAGCAGAUGACUUUUUGUCAAUUUGCAUGCUAAAUCUAAAUUGUCUCUUAUCGUUGCAGACCUGUUGAUAUAAAAUCACUACAGUGGAGGGCAGGGUAUAUUAUAUAUACAUACUGUAUGUACACAGUUAAGCUGAAAGCACUAAUUUUAUCAACAGUUUUAAUUAUUCACAUUUCUUAAAGAUAAAUAGGUUGUACAGUUAUAUUUUUUCUUUUUUAUUCUUUGCUUGUGCAUGUUGUCGCCAGAACAGAUCUUUAUGGAUGGUACAAACACUCAAUGACCCCAGUUAAAAACAAGGCUUUUUUUUUUACAGUCAAUGUUUGUUGCCUACCAUGAAUGCACAAAUUAAACAUUUGUAAUAGUG